AUGGUGCAUUGGUUUCUCACGUUGGCUGUGGCCUGGUGGUUGCGACAGGGUGGCGCUCAGAAGGAGCGCUGCUCACGCCAGUGUGGAGAAGUGGAAGUACCUUUUCCGUUCGGGCUCGAAGACAAUAAUUGUACGAGAUCCAGGGACUUUUUGCUCAAUUGCACCUCUAAUAACCAACUACUAUCGGGGAAUGUUACGGUCCACGGAAUCGACGUCAACUACUCGACCAUGAGGGUCGACCUCCCCAAAGAACAUAGCGGUCUGCUGCUUGCCUUCAGGAGGAGUAUUCCGAUGCUCGACACCUCGUCCAAGGAAAUGGGGGCUAGGCUGGGCUGGUGGAUUGCAGAGAACAGGACUUGCGAAGAGGCCAAGUCGAACCAGUCGAGCUAUGCCUGUGCAGGCAAAAACACGAAAUGCUUGGACUCCAUUGAAGAACGGGGUUACAUCUGCCAAUGCAAGGAUGGGUACGAGGGGAAUCCCUAUAAUCUCACCCAAGGAUGUACAGACAUCGAUGAGUGCAAGUACCCAAACCCGUGCCCAUAUAAUGGGAAGUGCAAGAAUACGCCCGGGAACUACACUUGCCAUUGCCCACUUGGAAUGUGGGGCGAUGGUAAAGACACUUGCCACAUUUCUCUUUGGAUCGUACUUGCUCCAGAAUCUAGUUAUGUAUAUUCUUUGGCAGCGAUUAUUUUGGCCUUCUUCACAGCUGUUGGUGCUUUAGUCCUUUACAUGUGGAGGAGGAGAAGCAAAGAGAAAAACUUCAAACGAAAUGGAGGAGAGCUCUUGAAACACCACAAAGUUCAAAUCUUUACGGAGGCAGAGCUGAUAAAAGCAACCAACAACUAUGAUAACAGCAAUAAGCUCGGUGAGGGUGGUUUUGGUUCCGUCUAUAGAGGGAGAGUAGUUGGGGACGUCAGGGACACCAUAAUUGCAGUCAAGAAACCUAAAGAUUUGCACAAGUCUCUCAUAAAGAUGGAUUUUCAGCAUGAACUUCAAAUUGUGAUGCAAAUAAACCACAAAAAUGUGGUGAAGCUCCAUGGCAUAUGUUUGGAGACAAAAAUACCCUUGUUGGUUUAUGAAUACAUUUCAAAUGGUACCCUCUUCCAACACAUCCAUCAGAAUGCAUCAACCAUCUUGAGAUCAUGGAAAAACCGGCUCAGAAUAGCUGCUGAAACUGCUCUUGCACUUGAGUAUAUGCAUUCCUGCGCAGAACCCCCAAUCAUUCACGGUGACAUCAAGUCGGUGAACAUACUUCUGGAUCACAAUUACUCAGCAAAAGUGUCUGAUUUUGGAACUUCAGUACUAAUAUCACCGGAGGAUAGUAAUAUGGUAGCCACUGAAAUACAAGGCACAUUGGGUUACAUUGAUCCAGAAUAUUUAACCACUGGUAUAAUAACAAUUAAGAGUGACGUAUACAGCUUUGGAGUUGUCCUUGUGGAGUUGCUCACAAGAAAGAAGCCCACAAAUUUCAUUACUAGGUCUGGAGAGUCGAUCAAUAUUAUCCAUUAUUUCAUCUCUUCUGUGAAGGAUAAGACAUUCUCUGAUAUCAUUAACUUUGAGGCCACCAGUGAAGAUGAAAUGGAGAGAAUAGGAAUGGUUGCUGAGAUUGCAGUGAAGUGCUUGGACCAAACCAGUGCGAAGAGGCCCGCAAUGCGAGAAGUGGCUGAGCAACUCGCCAGGAUUAACCAAGAGCUCGACAGCUUGACAGCUGAAGAAAACAAUGAAGAGACCAACUGCGAAGUGGAUGAAGAAAGCCUCGCCUCCCAUUCGACUUCAGUUAUUUGCGAGACGAGCCAACAUGGGACUUCAAGCUCUCUUUUCUGAUCAGCGAAUGGAAUCAGCAGGUUCCAACAUCUGAUCCAUAUUACCAUGGCAACAUGUCUAGUAACUGUCCACAGGGACUUCUAGGGUUUUGUGCAUUCAGAAUAUAAAUUUCGUUUGGCAUUUGCUUUGGACUUAUAAUUGUGCAAGCAUCCGUGUAAGUUUUAAGUGUCACGAUCUAUAUAUAGCAGACUUUAUGGAAGGAUGGCAUAUGGCCAUUUUGACAUUAUCAUAAAUCUCUCUUUUCCUUU